ACCACCACACUCUCCUCCGGCCGCCAUGGCGAAGCCGGCCAAAGAAACCCCAGUCUACCACGGUGUCCGUAAGCGGAGCUGGGGGAAAUGGGUAUCCGAAAUCCGCGAGCCAAGGAAGAAAUCAAGAAUAUGGCUCGGCUCAUUCGACAACCCUGAGAUGGCGGCUCGAGCCCAUGAUGUAGCAGCCAUAGCCAUCAAGGGUCACUCGGCCAUCCUCAACUUCCCUCACCUGGCUCAUGAACUUCCCAAGCCGGUUUCCACGUCACCUAAGGACAUCCAAGCCGCUGCUAUCAAAGCCGCAACUUCAGCCAUACCAAUUAGUCCAAGAAGCCGGGACUCUAAUAACACGCAAGCCGAGCUUGAGCCGGGGAUUGGCAACUUGGCUACAUAUGAUGAUAUAUUUCUUGAUUUACCUGAUCUCUUCAUAGACUUAGGAUAUCGUAUUGAUCGAGUUUUGUUUUCAUUGCCAGAAGAGAAUAUCUUGUGGGCUUGUUGUCAAUAAGUUUAGGGACAAUAUUAUUUUGCAAAAAAUCAAGGGUUGUUGUGUACACACAAAGUUAGGAAGGGACUAAAAAUAUAUAGUUUUCCCCCUUAUUUUAA